ACAAUCUUGUAGUGGGUAUCACCUCUUGUAGUCUUGUUAUCGCUUCGGCGCGCCAUGCGCAUCGGCCGCGGCUGCUCCAUCCUGUAAUCUCUAUCAGUUGAUUAGGAUUUCGGCUGUAUUCGAGUAUUCCUGUUAAAUCUUACAUACGGCAGAUCCGAGUUCCGAGACUCCACCACAUUUUGAACGCAAGACAAUAUCUAAUGGUAUAAGUACCUACCAUCAAAGAUAGUCACUAGAAACGAAAUUGAUGUAAUUUUCAACUGUGGUUGAACAUUUUGGACGAAACUCAUCGGUUAAUAACGGCGGUGGGAUGGAUAUUUCGAUGGAGACAUCAACCCGAGAGACAAUCCCAUUAAGUUCAAAUAGAUAUCCAGAUGAUGAUACCGAAAUUGCUUUAACAUCUAAAAGUUUAAAAUACAAAGGAAAAAAUGAACCUUACCCAAAUUUGAUGCAACUAGACGAGUGUACAAUGGACGUAUCACUGGUAGUGAACAACCAAAAACUAAAUGCCCACAAAAUUGUCUUAGCUUCAAAUAGUGCCUAUUUUGAUAGAAUGUUUGACAGUUAUUUCAAAGAACGGUUCCAAGAUAAAAUAGAAAUAAAUAUAACCGAUGUAAGCUUUGAAAUUUUGAGUACACUUGUUCAAUUUUUUUACACAUCAGAAAUAUAUAUCACAGAAAAUAAUGUUCAGGAUUUGUUGAUUAGUUCCAGUAUAUUUUUACUAGAUGAAGUCCAAACUGCAUGUGUAAACUACAUAAAAAAGAUAAUUGACGCGGAAAAUUGCAUAAAUAUGAAAGAUUUUGCUAAUACUCUAGGAUUAAACGAUCUCUAUUCUAUAUGCAUGACUUAUAUAAUAAACAAUUUCAGACUUGUAGCUAACUCUAAAGAGUUUAUGAAGACUAAUUAUGAUGAAAUAAUGCUAUUAAUCAAGAAUGAUGAUUUAUUUGCUAAAGAAGACAUGGUUUAUGAUGUUGUAAUGAAUUGGAUAAAAUAUGAUCCAGCAACUAGAUCAAAAUAUUCUUCAGAAUUGUUAUGGUAUGUUCGGUUACCAUUAGUUUUAAAUACUUACCAAGGAGUCAUAAAGGUUCAUGAGUAUCAAGGCGCUAAAAUUAAUGAACUUAGUUCUUUUCGAAUGGAACAUCGAAGACCAUUUAGAAAAGGCAUAUUAGUGAUAAGUCAUUAUCCAUUUGAAUCAACUCCAGAGUGGUAUGAUGCUGCGUAUGAUCAAUGGCAGAAUUGCAUAUGUGAAAAUUGUCUGUGUAAAACCUUUCAAUAUCGCUUAUUACCUCCUAGAACUUUGUGUACAGUUAUUUUACUCGAUGACGGUCGCUUAUUUGCUGCUGGAGGAUCUAGAUAUGGCACUGGAAUGAGAUCAACAUAUCUAUUCGAUCUGAAAACACACAAAUGGAUAUCCUUUAUGGACAUGCAUUUUGAACGUCUUAGACCAUUUAUAGUGCAACUUGGAUCUUAUGUUUAUGUGAUUGGCGGUUGCACUAGUGAAAAACAAGAUGCCAGUGCUAUAGAAUGUUUUGAUUUACUCAAAAAACAAUGGUUUGUCAUAAAUUGUGAAAUCGACCUAAUUGAGACAUUUAAAAAUAAUAAUUAUGUUGCCUGCGUUAAAGGAUUAAUUUACAUAAUUGGAAUAAAUGAAGCUGGAUACUAUGACUCUCAUAAUCACAAGUGGAAAUAUAUUGAUCCAAUACCUGAGUUUAAUACAGGUUCUGCGGUUUGCACAUUAAAUGGAAAUAUUUAUAUUAUUGGUGGUCAACGUUUGGAAAAUUGUUACAAAAGUGUAUGGGCAUACUGUACGCUAACUGAAGAAUGGGUAUCCUUAUCCGAACUAAAUUACGCUAGAUCGUUUUCUGGUGCUGUAGCAAUGAAUGGUAAUAUUUAUGUAUUUGGGGGAAAAAUGAUGAAUACGACCUAUUCAAAUACAUUUGAAAUAUACGAUCCUCAUGACAACAAAUGGGUAAUUUCACAUGCUUAUAUGAAAAAGGAUCGAUGUCACAUUGACGCUAUGGUGAUUGAAAAGAAUUCUGAAUUGUUUAAAAAAGUGUUUGAAGAAGCAACUAAUACUAUUAUUCAUUAAAAAGCGACUGUGAGUUAAAACUCAAUUUAUUUUAAUAAAACAAUAUAAUUAUUUAUAUUUACUCAAAAUUAUUUAGUAUAAUUUAGUGAGGAGUGUAAAGGUUAUAGUUAUUAUAUUAAUAAUUGUUAAAUGAAUAUUAUUUUACAGAAAAAAAAUGAUUCCUUUAUACCUAUUAAAAUAUUAUUUUCAAUAUUGUUUAUAGUAAAUUAAUUUUCUUGUAUUUAUAAUGUUUUAACCAUUCCUUUGUUGAAUAUAUAAUAACAUUUUAUUUAAGUUUUUAUUAUGUAAAUUUUAAACUAUCAUAAGAAUUUUUUACUUUAAAUAUAGUAUUUAAGUGAUUAUUGCAAUAUUUUUUUUCAGAGGUUUGUGAAAUAGUCACAAAUCAUAAUGCUUCUUAAUGUAAUUGUUAUAUGAAUCGCUUACUUCAAAUUUCUAAUAAUUAUUGUGUACAAUAAAAACAGUCAUAGUAAA